UUUCUUGCAGCAACCUGGACAAAAAAGAGUGAUGUUUAUGCAUUUGGUGUUAUGCUUCUAAGCCUAGUUUCCAAAAAGAUCACCACAGAUGAAAUGUGGCUAAUGGGUGAGAUUUCUGUAAGCGAAUGGGAACAUGAAAAAUAUGAGCUUUGCGAGUCAUUGGUUCACGAGAGCUUGCUGGCAGAUCCAUGUUUCUAUGAUGUUGAUGGGAAAAAGCUUUCAAUGAUAGGCGUGCUUUGUACAUCUUAUAAAUGUCAAGAUCGGCCGUCAAUGAAGGAAGUUGUCAAUAAACUUUUACAUCUGCGUGUUCUGCAGAAUCAAAAAGAACUUUUGAUCAAGAAACUCCACCCCUACUUCUCUUUUUAUACGUGGAAUAACAAGAAACCCAUUAACGAUAUGAAGUAUAGAGAUACCAAAAUAGGUACACACAUUUAUCCACUUAUGUUUUGCUUAUCUGAGAUAGUUUUGUUUUACUAUCUGCUCUUUCUUUCUGACUCAUUCUCUCUCUCAGGAUCUAUAAAUUAAAUGCAUGUAAAAAUGUUUUACGAAAUAGAUAAAUAGUUUCAUUUCGAGACAUUCUUAAAGACUGACAUUGUAUUUUUCUUCAGAUAAUCUCAGCUAUUUUCGGGAUUACGAUAUCAGAAGAUUCACUAGUGACAAAUUGAAAUACUUCACUGACAAUUUCAGCAAAAACAAUUACAUUGGAAAAUUUCAGUUUGGCAAGAUCUUUCGUGGAGUUUAUACGAAUCGUUCUAUUGGAAAUCGAAACAUCAUUGUUAAGAUAUGGGACAAUGAUCAAAAUCUGCAACAUAAUUUACUAAGACUAGGGGAUGAAAUAUUACUUUUACAUCAUGAAAUGUAUAUUUGUCAUCCUGGGAUGGUUAGAAUGAUGGGUUACUGUCUUGAAGAUGAAAAUGUUGCCAUUGUAUUGUUCGUGAAGUUUCAGAAUUCCAUGCAUAAUCUCCUGUCAAGUGGUGAAUUUAAAUGGCUACAUAGGACUAAAGCUGCGUGCGGAGUGGCUUCUCUCCUCAAGUUUUUGCAUGUUGUACCGCAUCGCAUGGAUCCUUUCGUUAUUCGUAAUCUGCGUUCAACUCAUAUAUUGUUAGAUGAGGAAUACAAUCCAAAGUUAAUUGACUUUGGUAUGAUAAUUGGUGGGAUUUUUCCAAGCUUGGGAAGAGAACCAGCUAAUGACAUACGCUCAGGCACUUGGACCACGAAGGACGAUGUCUUGUCUUUUGGGUUGUUGCUUCAAUGCUUGAUAUCUGAAAAUAUGAAAAUUGAGUCAGAUGAUGGAUGUUUGGCUACUUCAAAUGAUAUAGAGAAGACAACUCUUGUACACGAGAGAUUACAGAAAGAUCCAACAUAUUGCAAUGAAGAUGGAAAAGAGAUAACAAGGCUGAUUGUGCAAUGCGUACAACCUGAUUAUACUUGUCGGCCUACAAUGUCUGAAGUUGUGGAGGCUUUCCAAAAAUUAAAAGUGGUCGAGACCCACCAAGAAAUUAUGUGCGUAGAGAAAAUGUUUUGGGACAAGUGUAGUGCUGAGAAGCCUAUGAAUCCUUCAAAACCUAAUAUGCCUAGAAUUCAUCGGCUGUAUAUCUGACCAACAACUUUACAUUAUGUUUUAAGAUAUAUAUAUAUAUAUGACUUUGGAUAUAUAGUUAACUUUAGAAUUAAAGAAUUGUUAUGUUUGGAACAAUGUAUUUAUUGUUUUUGGUUUUUCAUUUUCACUAUCUUAGGCUUUAUUUACUUUAAUUAUUUUCUAAUUAAGGAUCAUAUUUAGGUAAUAAUAUGCUUGUUUUUGUGUA